GCGGCGCUGAUCUGGUUGUCAUGGACAACAAACGAUGAACUCAGAAUGCAUGCCAGAACUUGAAAACAAGCCCAGGCAGUGAAGCCAGCGAAGCCAGUCAAGCAGUCACAUGUGAUGAACGAGGGCCCGCCCACGAACGGACCAAUGUGAAACAAAACCGGCAUUGAAAAUCGAAUAUUUUUGAACAGUUUGGUGGUAGAUGGAUGGGAAAUAAUGCCACCACGUGAAAAGGAGUUUGCGGCUUUGUGCUUGGUCCUGGAUGUGGGUGUAACUUGCCGCACCUCAGACUUUCUGGUGACCUCGAUCCGUUGUGCUUCCGAGCUACUACAACGACGUCUCUUUAGUGAAUCCACGGAUCGAUUCGGAUUGGUUUUGAUCGGCGAUGAGCGCACCAACAACGUACUCAAUUACGGGCAUGUCAAUGUCUUGGAUGGCGGUCUGCGGGUAGCCAAUUGGGAUCUCCUGGAUUAUGUGGAGAACCACGUUCAAGGCACGAAUCACGAAAGCGAUUGGUUGGACGGGGUCAUUGUGGCCUUGGAUCUCUUAAAGACCGAGACGGAAGGCCAAAGCAAAUGUCAGGAAAAGAAGAUCAUUCUUCUCUCGGAUUUGGGCUGUGUCUCCAAUUCCGACAAUUGGGACUCCGUGCUUCUGGCUCUCAAGAAGGAGAAGGUCGAACUGAGUUUCUUUGGUCCAACUUGGGCCGAUGAUGAUGAUCCAAGCCAGUUGGGGGUGAAUGGGACCAGUCCCGAGCCGGAGGCGGGUCCCAGUGCGGCUGCUCACGACCCGCCCAAGACUAAAACGCCACAGCAAAAGGCCAACGAGGCCGUUUUGAGUAAUCUCGUGAACGAAAGCGAAGGCGUGCAAUGCUCCAUUGAGGAUGCUAUGGCUACUUUCAUCAAUCAUGAACGCCGCAAGAAAAAACCGUUUCCAUGGAAAGUGGCCAUGGAAAUUGGACCCAACAUAUCGAUCAACACCGUUGGUUACAUACAAACCCGACGCGAACCUCCAAAAUCAUGGAAGAAAUGCUUGGCCCGUCCCCCGGCCAAUGGUGACGUGGAUGAGCUGAAAGCUGCCACCACCUUUGUCAAAAAUAACGAUGCCCAGGAAGUUGUGGAAGGCAGUAAUCUGAUCGAAAGUUACAAAUACGGUCCGGAGCUCAUCACCGUUGCAGAGGAGGAUAAGGCCUCGUUUUCUUACGACGGCGGACCCAAAAGUCUUUGUGUUCUUGGUUUUGUGCCUCAAAGCGACAUACAAAGGCAGUGGUUGUUGGGCGAUGGAUCAAUGGUGUUUCAACCCGUGGAAGACGACGAGCCAUCCAUGGCAGCCUUAUCGGCUCUAGCCUUUGCCAUGCACGAUAUGCGGAUGGCGGCCAUUGUGCGGAAAGUAUACCGUGCCAAAUCCACGCCUCGAAUGGGCAUGCUCGUACCUGAAUAUCGACCAAAUGAUGAAGGCGUCGAUGAGUUGACCAUCGUGUUCAUUGAGCUGCCAUACUCCGAAGAUCUCCGUCAAUAUGAAUUUGCUCCCGUGUUCAAUGAUUCCAUUCGACCCUCCAACUCGCAGUUAGAGGCCAUGGACGAUUUCAUCGACAAUAUGAUGCUCAUUGAAGAUGGAGAGGAACUCGUCAAGACUGAAACGAUCAUGAACCCUUGCAACCAGUAUUUAUAUCGAUGUCUCACUCAUCGAGUCACACAGCCCGGAAAGAUUUUACCCGAUGUUCCUGCCCGGAUCAAAGAGUUCAUGAAGCCACCUCCCGAGCUUGCCCAAAAGGUGGAUACCCUCGUGAAACGUCUGCGAGAGCUCUUUCCGUGUGAAGAAAUUGACAGGAAGAAAGAGAAAAUCACGGGCGAUGAGAUGUUCGUCGAUAAGAGUAAGGGAGAUGUCACCAAUGCCUCUGAGGAAGCACCCACCACGAAUGAUCUCUCAAUUUCACACGGAUCAGUUUUGGUCGAGGUUGGCACGACCACGCCCGUGGAAGAUUUCCAAAAGCUCUUGGACUCCGGGAGUGACCUCGUACCUUUGGCCCAACAAUUGGAGAGCGUGAUUGAGAAGUUGGUUAGGGCUUCCUUAUUCAAACAACUGUACGGAAAAAUCUGCGAUUGCCUGAAGGUUUAUCGUGCAUCAUGUCUGCUCAAAGACAAUCCACACCUUUACAAUGACUAUUUGAGCGAAUUGAAGCACUUGUUGGAGUCCACACAGAAGACUGACCUCCUGAUCGACGUGCAAGAGAAAUCGUUGGGUAUGAUUGGCCGAGAUGAGCAUCAUGCGAGUAAAUUCUCGGCCGAUGAGGCCUUGGCCUUUUUGGCAGUGCCGGUUGAUGCGACCAAAGAGUCCACGAGUAAAGCCGCUACCGUGGAGGAUGACGAGGACGAAGAUAUGCUCGACGACCUGUAAGAUUUUAAGAACUACGAUGUGGACAUUGAUAAGUAUUUAAAUAGAUGAGAUGGCUGAUGAAACAUUGAAAUAAAAAGACUGGCUCAUUCACAGAAUA